CUAAAUUCCCACAUGCAGGAAAUUCUUAGAGCACCGAUUUGAAAAAUUAAUUGAAAAUCAAACUCGAAAACUUCGGACGAAAAUAAAGGAAUAAAAUGGCAGUCGAUAAGCAGGGUCAUCGACCCGGAUCUUUAAAACAGGCCAAUAAGAGCCACAAACAUGGAGGACAUCGUUCCAAAAGGUCCGUGGAACAAGCAAACAAAGGUCGUGUUUCGGUCAAAGCAAGUACCAUGAAAGCAAAACGUGAUUUGAGACGUGAUGAACGAAGACAUCAAGCUACCCAGAUACGGAAAAAUAAACGCGAAGAAGCAAUUGCGCUUAAACGGUCCGUUGGUGGAACUCACACAGCUCCCUUUCUAACGUGUGUUUUGGCUCUUCACGAGUCAAUUGACCCAUUAUCGGCUCUCGCUAUAUUAGCAGGUUGUGAUUCAGAAGCGAUUGUAACUAAAAGUACUACGGUCACACACAUUACGAUUCCUCGUUUGAAACAGCGGUUCUCAUUUAUUGUGCCCCCAGUGGGAAAAUUAGCGGAACUACAAGUCUUGGAUUAUCUCAAAGUUUGUGACUCGACUAUUUUACUAAUCUCAGCAAACACGGAUGACGAGUUAUUGGACAAGUGGGGAAACAAAAUACUGGGUAUGGCGUCUGCUCAAGGAAUUCCAACGCCAAUGGUGACGUUGAUGGAUCUCGAAUCGAUCGCGCCCAAGCGCCGUUCCCAAGUGAAAGCAAACAUUCAAAAAAGUGUUAGCAAAUUGUUCCCAAAUGAAAAGGCAAUGACACUGGACUCUGCUAGUGAUGGGCUGAAUUUAUUACGUCGGAUUGGUGGUCAAAAACGAAAUACGCUGUUGAAUAAAAUGAAUCGCCCACAUAUGUAUGCCGAAAGUGUAAACUAUGUGUCCGAUAAAAGUACCCUACAAGUAACCGGAUUUUUGCGAGGCCGCCCUCUGGAUGUAAAUGGUUUAGUUCAUGUACCCGGAUUGGGUGACUAUCAACUCGAAAUGAUAGAAGAUUUGCCUGAUCCAUACAAACAAGAGAGAAAACAUGAGAUGGCCACGGUAAAGGUACUCGCGAUAGCUAAUCCAGAGAAACAGACGUCCUUAGUGCGCGAAAACGAGCCCGAUGAAAUGGAUGCAGACCAACCUUUUCCCACAGAAGAAGAAAUAGCUGCUGCACGAGAAGAAACAAAGAAAACGAAACUCGUAAAGCGUAUUCCGAAAGGCAUGAGUGACUAUCAGGCAGCAUGGAUUCCCGAUAUAGAGGAAGUAUCUGACAAUUCUGAGGAAGACACGGACGAGGAAGGGGAAGAAAAUGAGGAAUACAUGUCUUGUGACUCGGACAAUCAAGAGCCUCAGGAUCAAGAGGAGGAAGACGAGGACGAAGGUGAGUUCGAUAUGGUGAGUGUGGCAUCUGAAGCACCUGCCAAUGACGAGGCAUAUGACAAAACAAUGGAUAUGGACGAGGAAAAAAUCUCGUUGGAAAAGGUCAAGGCAGCACAAGAAGAGAAAAAGUGGCCUGAUGAAAUUGAUACGCCUAGAGAUGUUCCAGUUCGUGAACGUUAUCAAAAAUAUCGCGGUUUGGAGUCUUUCCGCACAUCUCCGUGGGACCCAAAAGAAAAUCUUCCGAUCGAUUAUGCACGUAUAUUUCAAUUCCAGAAUUUCGACCGAACUAAACGCCGAAUUUUAAAAGAGAUAAAAGAGGAAGACGACGAAGCUGGAUUAGUUGGCAGAUACAUAAGAGUUCACAUAAAAAAUGUAGAUGCAAAAAUGUGGGAAGCAUUUCAAUGUGCUAACAACUACGUGAUUAUUUACGGGCUUUUGCCACACGAGCAUCAAAUGUCUGUGGCUAAUGCAGUCUUAAAGCGUUUCCCGGGCUCAGAGAUUCCUAUAAAAUCAAAAGAACGCCUUAUAAUCCAAUGCGGAUACCGUCGAUUCAUCGUUAAUCCCAUAUUUAGUCAACACACCAAUGGGGACAAACACAAGUACGAAAGAUUCUUCCGUGCCGAAGAGACCGUAGUAGCAACAUUUUAUGCUCCGGUUCAAUUUCCUCCGGCACCGGUUCUAUGUUUCAUGCAAAAUCCAAAUACUACACUCUCACUUGUCGCCACCGGGCGUUUGAUUUCCUGUAACCCUGAUCGAGUUAUUCUAAAGCGAGUCGUUUUGAGCGGACACCCCUUCAAAAUUCAUCGAAAAACAGCAACUAUUCGGUACAUGUUCUUCAACAAAGAAGACAUUCACUACUUUAAGCCUUGCAAACUACGCACCCGGUGUGGCCGUAUGGGACACAUUAAGGAAUCUUUGGGUACACACGGUCACAUGAAGUGCGUUUUUGAUGGCCCAAUCAAGUCGUUCGACACAGUCUUCCUCAACUUGUACAAACGUGUAUUCCCCAAAUGGACCUACGAAGAUUGUAUUGUCACGUGCACUGGAUUGUCGAAACCAACUGAAUCAACUACAGAAGAUUCUGUAAUGCAAGAAUAAAAUAUUUUUCAAUAAAAAAAAAA